GUGUGUGUGCGUGCGUGCGUGUGCAGCACCCAGCGUCAUCCCUCAGGUCAAAAACGACCAGAACCAAAGCCGUGUGGUCACCUGGACACCGCUGUUGACAAAGGACUGGGGCAGUCAGCCCAAGGACUAUCUGGUCACCUACCGAGAUGCAAUGGACAGCCGCCUGACAAGCUCCAUUGCAGUGCCACCCAACCAGACCUCUGUGCUCUUGCCACACUCACUGCCAGGCAGAUUGUACAAGGUUUCCGUAAUGCCUCGAACCAGGCUGAUGCAAGCUCCUCUAAGUGUAAAUGGAUCCUGCCUUGGAGACUCGCUGCCGCGCCUUCAAGAGGUCGUGCUGGCGCCUGGCCGUCCCGCAGCACCUGUUAUAACCAGUCUCACCAUCGAUGCCGACAACGUGGUCACGUUGUCGUGGCAGCAGCUGUUGGAUGAGGAGUGGAAUGGCGUGCCGACAUCGUACCAUGUCAAGCUCUUCAUCGUCAACGCGAGUGAGGUGAAUGCGCAUGGCACACAGCUGCAGCUGAAAAUCCUCAACACAUCGGUUAAUUCGUUCUCUUUCGAUCUAAACCGUACGGUACCCAGUAGUCUGGCGGAUCACAACUUGUUCCGUGUUGGUGUCCGUGCUAUGAAUCAUGAUGUACGUGGACAACAACAUUGGGUUGGACAUCUCAGCUCCCGACUCAUCUGGAGCAAGUGUAUAGAACCAGUUCAGAACCUGUCGUCCGUUAUUGAGUGGCACAAUGAGGGCAUCCUCAUCAGCUGGACAUAUCCCAGAGCUCGCGGUGACUCCGGCCUUCUCGCACCCAGCGAGGACGGCGACGCAAUGUUCUUCUACGACCUGGAGGUAUGCAGCUCGUCAUCCUGCCUGCACCAUCGGGCUGUCAGUGGCACGCUGAACUACACGAUUGCGCUCAGCCAGUCACGGCUAUGCGAUGUACGCAAUGUAAGCGUGCGUCCGUGUACUGGCCUGGACCGGACUCUUUGCGGUGAUCCGAGAAUGUUCUGGUGGCAGCAGCAACCGCUGGAGGUGCUUUUCUCCGAUCAGGACACACUGGUGGAGAUUGCUGGCUCGUAUCAGUAUUACUGGAGUGUUGAUAUUUCACUUGCGCCCUAUGAAGUCGGCCUGGAAAACAAAUCCAGCGAGGUUCUCGCUCUCUACAUUGACUACUUGCAAGGCAACCGGUCCUUUAAGCAGCAGGCGGUGCUGUUCGAUGUCGGCAGCGCCGACACCCUCAACCUCUCCACGGCGACGAGAGAGCUGGAGUUCGGCGCACGUCACGUCUUCUCUUACGCCGUGUUCACCGCCGACUUGCCGCCGGCGCGCGCCAUCGCGUUCGACGCGAGCAAUUCGUCGCGGGACACGCGCCAGCUCUCUCCCGCUCCCCCGGCGAACUGGUCCCUCGACACGGGCAGCGGCAAGGUGGAGCUGGAGCUGCCGACCGACGAUACGAUACCGGGCGCCUUCUAUCAGGUAAUGGCCAUGCCGGUCAGUGCCGAUGUCGUCCCCGUCCGUCACCGCCUGCAGACAAGGCACCGUGCUCGCCGUCAGGUGGCGGCGUCGGCGUCGGGCACCGCCGCUAGCGUUUCCGAGCCGAUCCCAGGACUCGUGGACGGCGUCCAGUAUGAGAUCUGGGUGCAGCGCUGCGUGCCGCUGCCGUCGCCCAGCACUGAGACGGCAUGUGGCAGCUGGUCCGAUCGCAAGUGGGUCGUCGCCGGUAUCGCAGCGGCCACCAGUCCACCGACGACUUCCGCUACUGUAUCUUCAAGCAGCCAAGCCACCACCACACCGACUGUGGAACUGCUCCCCCCUACGGCCAGCUCUGGGACAAGCUUCUCUACUCUGCUGACCAUUGGCAUAGCAGCGUUUGUUGGCUUGCUGUGCGUGGUCGUUUCACUCAUCUUCUUCUGCAAAGGACGGCAGUAUAGAAGGGACAACUUGAUGAAGACGAGUUCACCGCACUCUCCGUACGACUACACUAGCAUUGCAUCUCCCAUGAACCAUGGAAAUGGCUCGGUGCUGCACCCAAAGAUUACGAUGAUCAAGGAGAAGCACUUGCAGCUAACGGACAUUCUUGGACAUGGCGAGUUUGGAAAUGUUCACAAAGGCCAGUACACGGGUGAUGGAGGCCGUGCUCAGGUCAUCGCCGCCAAGGUCUUGAAAGAUCAAGCCGGUGACGAAGACAAACAGGCUCUGCUCGAGGAGAUCACGCUGAUGUCGGUGAUCGCAGAGCAAGGAGAGCACGAGAACGUCAUCGGCAUGGUGGUGGGCGGCUUCUUUCGCGGUCUGCCGUGCAUGGUCAUGGAGUACAUGGACAUUGGCGAUCUGCACUCGUACUUGGAUAGGCAUCGCCUGUCCCACGAUCCCAAGUCCUCCAACCUGGCUGUUCUCUGCACCACGCUGUCGUCCAAGGAGUUGAUGUCUUUUGCAUCGCAGGUGGCUCGUGGUAUGGAGCAUCUCUCCGUCAAAGUCCAGGUUGUACACCGUGACUUGGCAGCACGUAACAUUCUCAUACAGUCGACUGGCGGUGACCAGCUGAAUCUGAAGGUUGCCGACUUUGGCCUGGCACGCUCCAUAUACCGGCGGAUAAACUACAAGAGAGCCAAGGGGACCCGUGUGCCGCUCAAGUGGCUGGCUAUAGAGUCUCUGCGCGAGGAUAUCUACACGGCCGCCAGUGACGUGUGGAGCUUUGGCAUUCUGAUGUGGGAGAUUGUCACUCUCGGCGGCCACCCGUACCCAGGCAUUCCGCUGGGCCGUCUCUGCCAGUUCCUGGAAUCUGGCUAUCGCAUGGCGCGGCCCAGAUACUGCAGCCGCGAAGUGUAUAGCAUGAUGAGGCGGUGUUGGGAGGCCGAUCCGAAGCUGCGGCCCAGCUUCACUGAGCUUGUGGAUCAGCUGGACAUACUGCUGGCAAGCAGCGCGGGCUACAUUCACGUGGAGGCCAACAUCCAUGCGGUGCAGCCGGACAUCAUCGACGAAGUGUCGGACAGCGACUCUGACGCAGACUCUCCCGCGCAGCGCUGGCCAAUGGACGCGUACAGCGAGCUGACUACGCCCGGCUUUGCUUGCACGCCGGACGGCUAUCUGGCGCCGAAAGACAGCGGCCCCGCUUUCAUCAUGCCGGACCCACUGCCGGCAUCAUCAAACGGCGAUGUCCGGGGCAUUGCGACCGGCGGGGCCGAUGACAUCGAAAGCGGCGCUGCAGUUGAUGGCGGCGGCGGUAGUGGGGUGCAUUCUCGGCAAGGCUCUCGUCGCGGUGCCUCUCGCCGUCAAUCCUCCGUCAAGAGCCACCGGACUAGUGUCGUUCAGAGCUUGUUGCCGUCGGCCAUCCAACGCAUGAUCUCGUCCGCCGCUGGAUCUAUCUUCCGUGCGCCCAGUGUCGACAGCCUGGACAGGGGGCUUGCCAAGACACAACAGCAGCAGCAGCAACAGGCAUCGGCCGAGGCAAGCACAUCUUCCAUGGCCACAGCGAAUGGAUUGCGUUCGCCUCGGUCGCUCAUCCAACGCCGACACAGCUCCUCUGACGUUCCCAGCGAUGACUCGAGUGUCACCUUGACGGAUAUCCGGCGCCUCUCCUCCACUGAUUCCAGCUCCAACGCGGACAAGUGCGAUGGUUCGGCGGCCGUGGCACGCUCCACGUCCAAUGCGUCGAAUAAACCGGCCGUGGUCAGUCGUCUCAACUGGCCGUCAAAGUUGACAUCCCAGCGCGAGUCCGUUGAGUACACAACGGUUGUCAGUCCGCCGGUCGCCGUACACGCCGUCAAACCUGCGAACACGCCACCUAGCAAGCCGGCCUUACCGCCUAAGCCUCCGAGAGUUGUGGUGUCGCCGAAGAACUCUGCUAGCAGUUCGGCGUCGCCCCGGGGAUCGCGUCGGAAACCGAAUCUAGUCCUUCCCGGCUACAUUCAGCCUAGUCCUGCUGUGAGUAACGAGUCGAUUGCGAGGUCCAAAGCAGGCUCGCAAGACACGCUGGGCGAUGUGUUUGAGUCGAAAUCAAACUCUGUCGAGUCACUAUCUCGCCUUCCCGCCAACCCCAUUUCCCAGUCGUACGGCAGCCAAGGCAGUAGCCACCUGACACAGGUAAAGCCUGCGUCCAGCUUGCCCAGUCUAGGGUAGAAUCAUAGCAAGCUGCCGAUGGCAACAAGAUAGGUUGCUGCCCGUGGUCUAGCCCAAGUGCACCCAAUCUGGGUAGCCGGUACAGCUCUUUGUUGGCACAUUCUGUUGGGUCAGUCGCUUCAGGAGAGAUCAUCCGCUCAACGUCGUGGCGCCACAUGGUCACAACCGUUGUACACACACACACACACACACACACACACACACUCACACACACACACACACACACACACACACACACACAGCCUGCGUAUGCACGCACACGGGUCAUAUGCAUGACUGCCAGCCCAACUGACCACCACUACGUUAGUAGUCAUAGUCGCAUAGAUGUGCACCAUGAUUGAAGAAUGCAUCCAAACUCCAGCUCAGCUCAUGUUUAGCAGUGACUUUGUAGAGCCCAGUCCAGUACCUAUCCACAGUACGGUCAUGACCUCAGAAUCUCCAGCUCCACAUGAUCAGCAAGUCCGCAGAAUACCAACUUCCUGUACAUAUAUUGAACUCCAGUUUGUCUGAUUUAUACGACAUUUGACACAAUUUGAAUUCUCGUAACUAUGAUCUCUAUACCUUUCUCAGCAACACCGGACAGACCAAGCCCCGUUGCAUAUCCAUCAAUAUCUGACAGACCAAGCACCGCUGCAUAUCCAUCAAUACCUCAAAAGACAGACCCCGUUGCAUACCUGGCUAAACAGCCUAAUCUUAGCUCAGUGUGUGCUUCAGUCGGCUCUUUGUGUCAUAUCCCACUUUGCUCAGCAGCGUGCGUCCGGGAUGCAUGAUUACACUCCGGCAUCUGUCUUGAAUCUGCUGUAUCCUCGGCGUGCGUUGGACUGAAGUUUAGUGUUUGAGUGGUAUCAUUUUGUAAACAGUUUUUUUAUGUCUUGUUGCCAAUAUCCAGUGGCGGAUUUCAUCAGGCUGUCAGUUAUGCCUCCUUGCUUAUCACGACGUAUACCUCUCAAACUAUCUCCCCUCCCGAGUCCCGUCUCCUAUUUUACUAUCUUGAGAUGUGAUCGAUACGAAUUUUACUUCUAUAAUAAAAAAAACUGGCUUAGUGAGUUAUGCACUGUUUGGUACGCUUUUCUUUUCUAUUUGGAGUGUUGAAAGAACAUAAAAAGCAAAUUUCAAUAACA